GGACAAACCAGCCCACUUUUCCAUCCGCCUAACUCAGCGUGCCCUUGGGUGCAGUCAGCAACGACAUUUCCGUCGCUGCCCACCCACCCUGCAGUGUUGCUGCUUACAGGGUCUGGAUCCUGGACGCUUCGAUUCCUCUACCUGCUUCCAGGUUUCCUGGACAAAAAGAGAGACACAGAGAGAGGGAGAGCUUGCUUCGUUACCCCCCCCCCCCUUCUCCAAGGGUUCCGUUGUGAGCCACCAGACGAGACGAAGCGACGAUCCUCUCCCUCAGACCUACCUAGACACACGUCGACGCCCACACCCCCUCGCCUCUCAUUGCUCUUUUGUUGUCGGUCGUGCUGCGACGUCAAUUCGAUAGCAAUUGUGACGUCCCACGUAAUCGACAACCACAGCAGCCAUGGAUCCGUGGGGCAGCCCAGCCUACCACGAUGCCGCCGGUGCGUCGAGAAGGUACAAUGGCAAUAGCCAGAUGAGUCCGAGGGACUACUCGGGCCAGCAAGGCCAAGCGCCAGCAGGAUUCAAGUACGACCAAUACCCUGGAGGUCUCAGUUCGCAUGCCUCCCCCAACCCGGCCACCUCCCCCAUCACCACGCCGCAGCUUCGCGAUAACAACGGUGAUGUCGCCAUGGCUGACGCAAACGACCCAUACGCAAGCAUGAAGUACCCCAUGCGUCCUCAUCAUUCGCAGCACGCCUCCUCCAGCAGCCGCUCGUCCGCACUGCACUCCCCCCCAGAGCCCUCCGCCGCUGCCCAGCGGUACUCGCCGAUGGAGGUCCUGUCACCCACCUCGCCCUACGCGAAAGCAGGCGCCAGCCAGUUUUCCGCUCCUCCGACAACGCGCCAGUCGCCUGCCAGGGCCGCCGACUUCCAGUCACCGCAGAGCCCCUACUACCCAAACAGUCGGACGACCUCAGCGCAGCAGCUGCCGACCAUGGCCUCCAUGCCCGCUGGAGCUGAUUCGCAUUAUCCAUACGGCGGCGUUCUGAGUCCCGUCGGCAGGAACGACGCCUGGCAGAACGACCCGACCUCUCCCAGGAGGCUCGCAGCGGGCCCGCUGGUGAACAAGGGCCCGGUGCCCGAGUUCAGGAAGAUACGGACGGCGCAGGACCUGCGGCCCAAGGUCAACGCGCAGCCUGCAUUCCGCCGAGCAAAUCCAGAGGGCGGAUUUAUCAGUCCCCUUCAAGCCUUGACUGUUCACCUGCCGUCGACGUACCGCAUCUGCAACCCGAGCUUCAAGUACGAGUCAUCGCGGAACCCGAGACGAGUCCUCACGAAGCCCAGCAAGGGUUGCAAGAACGAUGGCUACGAUAACGAGGACAGUGACUACAUUCUGUAUGUGAACGACAUACUCGGGUCGGAAGAGGCUGGACACAAGAAUCGCUAUUUGAUCUUGGACGUACUAGGCCAGGGCACCUUUGGUCAAGUCGUCAAGUGUCAGAACCUGAAGACACAGGAAGUCGUCGCAGUCAAGGUCAUCAAGAACCGCACCGCCUACUUCAAUCAGAGCAUGAUGGAGGUCUCGGUCCUGGAUUUGCUCAACACCAAGCUGGACAAGAACGACGACCAUCACCUGCUGAGGCUCAAGGACACCUUCAUACACAGGCAACACUUGUGCUUGGUCUUCGAGCUCCUCAGUGUGAACCUGUACGAGCUGAUCAAGCAGAACCAGUUCCGGGGUCUUAGCACCACGCUGGUCCGGGUUUUCGCCCAACAGCUCCUGAACGGACUGGCUCUCCUCAACAAGGCUCGGCUCAUACAUUGCGACUUGAAGCCUGAGAACAUCCUCCUCAAGAAUCUUGAAAGUCCAAUCAUCAAGAUCAUCGACUUUGGAUCGGCAUGUGACGAGCGACAGACGGUGUACACAUACAUCCAAUCGAGGUUCUACCGGUCACCCGAGGUGUUGCUGGGCCUACCCUACUCCUCGGCCAUAGAUAUGUGGUCUCUUGGAUGCAUUGUGGUCGAGCUCUUCCUCGGACUGCCCCUCUUCCCCGGCUCGUCUGAGUACAACCAGGUCUCCCGCAUCGUUGAGAUGCUGGGCAAUCCUCCAAACUGGAUGAUCGAGAUGGGCAAGCAAGCCGGCGAGUUCUUCGACAAGAAGGCAGACGAGUUUGGCCGUCGAACCUAUCAACUGAAGAGUAUGGAGCAGUACUCGCGCGAGCACGGCACCAAGGAGCAACCCAGCAAGAAGUACUUCCAGGCCGACAACCUGCCGGAGAUCAUCAAGUCGUAUCCUAUGCCAAGGAAGAAUAUGAAGCAGAGUGAGGUUGACCGAGCAGAAAUGCAAAACAGACUUGCCUUCAUCGACUUCGUGAGAGGUCUUCUCACCAUCAAUCCGCUUGAGCGGUGGUCGCCACAGCAAGCGAAGCUGCAUCCAUUCAUCACCCAGACCAAGUUCACUGGGCCGUUCGUUCCGCCGAUGAAUCUCAAGGCUAGCUCACUCAACAGGUCGCCUGCGCCCGGCACGCAACAGCAACAGCAAGCAGAGGCAAUCAGCAAGCAGAGAGCGCAGCAGGCGCAGGCACAGGCCACCUCCGCCGCCCAGAGCGCCUACACCAUGGCGAACUCUCAAUACCAGUCACCCAGCCAUGCACCCUCGGCAUACGGGGGCGGCAUGUAUCCGUCCAAUGGAGCCAUCCAAGCAACUGGGGCCCCGCCGCCAUAUGCCGCGCAGUACGCGGGAGCAUCUGCGCAGAUGCCGCCAGCGAACUACGGAGCGGUCGCUCAGCAGCCCGGCAUGUACCAACAGUCGGCGAGGCGGCCGAGGGCUUCGACCAUGGAGCAGCAACAGAGUGGCAUUCCGGCAGCGAUACAGCGCGUUGCGAGCCACCUUGAUCCGAACGCGCCCAUUCGACUACAGCCCAGCCCAGCGUACUACCCGCCACCCCCAGACGGCGUUGGCCUGGUCGACCAGGCUGCUGGACGAUCCAACGGGCGGAGAGGCAGUCAGCAGGCAGGCCGCGGCCGGAGCAACCGUGACUUCAUCCGAAACCUCGAGGAGCGGACACUUGAGGAGGGCUUUGGCCAGAACAACCACUGGGGUCACUAAAGGCGAUUGGCGACACCAUGAUACGGCCGUGCAGCUUCAACCAGUCAGUGCAGCUUUUACAAACACAGGGCACGAACUACGAGUAAGCUGGAUGUUCCUAAAGCUACUUUUGCGGAGACUGGCAGACCGCAAUGCCAAUUUGUCACCGUGCUCAUUGGUCGUGUGUACGAGGGGAUGAUCGCAGGGCAGAACAUAAUCUGUGGGGCAAGGCUCGAUGUCACAACCCUACUCGACACCCUAGAGCGGACUCGGAACAUGGUCCACAUCCGUGACCUCAAACCCGAUCGAGUUUACGAUCCUUGCCAGGCUGGCUGCUCUGGACCUCGGUUGUACCUCAAGGACAGCCGAGUCCAAAAGGCAAGGCGGACAAUAGAUUGAGGGAAGCAAGCAGAGCUCUUCUUACGGAGAGGAGAGUGGGGGCCAAGCUGGCUGAGAAAACUCUAUUCAUACACAUCGGGGCGGGCAAGGAAGGAAGAGCCUCGGCUGUUCGUCGCUUGCACACCUUAGUUGUCUUUUUUAUGUCUUGACUUGCAAAUUUAUUUCCUGGCCUGGUCACCAAUCCAUACGCGGCGCAUGGUGGUUGCUGAUAUGAUAUACGAUUAUGCCAAGAGGGAUCGUGACCAGGGCGUUUCGUUUUAAUCUGGUUUGGCUGUUGGAGGGGUUUGACGAUGGCGAUGGUGGUAGCAAGUCCUGCCUGGUCUAACGAUGCCUCUGAAGCCAAGUGAAUCAAGAAAGCAUGCAUAGCUAUGGAAUUUUCUUUCUCCCCCUCACCCCCUUUUUUUUUCUUUCUGCAUUUGUCGUUCUUAAGAAUUGCAUUAAAGACAGAAUUUUCUUGCUGGAUGUCCUGAUUUCCCUGCACAUUGGUCUCGAAAUGCCUCUGCACUUGUUAUAUUGGCUUGCUGAUAUAUGAAGGGCAUUCAGAUCAGGGCUCGUCCUCUUCGGAAUGACUUACACCCCGAGAAUUGCCGCCGACACAUAUCUUGCGUAGCACUGACAAGUGUUCAGGGCGCACACUCGAGGAGGAGACUAAGGAACAAAGGCUUUGCUUGACUCUCAGUUCAGAUACGACGGUGGGAUGGACGGAAGACACGAAGCCCCCACUACGACAAAGCGGCUUUUUUUUCUCUUUCUUUUUCCGUGGGCUGAAAUGAACCCAGCAACGUCAAGGCCAAGAGGUGAUCUGGGCGUGGAUGUGUGGGUGUGUGUUGUAACCCUCAGCUGUGAGAUUUUUGGAGAGGAGAAUCGUCGUUUUACUCUGUAUGUACUGAAGAAACAAACAAUGUGGUCCAGAGCUCGCCAUCGCCGCCACCACCACCAUCAUGUCUCGAGACGAUUGGACUCGUCCCCAGCUGAUGUGUCACUCACCGUUCUUCAGCUCGGCUGCGGGCGCCGAGCGAAGUGGUUGUUAUUGUGUGUCUUGUCUUCCUAUAACGUGUGAUUGGUACGGGGCGGCGAGACAUCUCGUGUUGAAUGUAUCACCAUCCCGACCAGGCUGGCUACAGUGUUCACAUGGCAAGGCGCAAGGAGAGAAGGGGUGGGGUAGGAAUGAAUCACUCAGCCUCGUACCAAAGUGGGUGUGAUCGCCACGCGGAAAGGAGGUGCGUGCAGUUGAUAUUAAGUGUGGUGAAGGCAUUCUGACUGUUCUGUGUGGAAACGUUACGCAUGUGAACUACCCUAUUAAAAUUGAGGACUUGAUGUUGG